AUGUAUUCCUAUAGUGCUGUCGCACCGCGCGAGGAUGAAGAAUCGCUUCUUCCAGGCUCGCCUACACUUCAACAACCGCAUCAGCGAAGCGCAGGCCGCCGCUUUUGCUCAAUGCCUUCCAUGGGCGAACUCAUAGCGAGGACUCUUCUCUUCAUGCGCCCGAGCUUCAUGAUGAGGGGGACUGCCGCGGUUGAGGGCUCCGAGAAGGUCGUGGCAACAACAAAAAAGCACGGCACAGAGUACCUCGAUGGUGUACGCGGUCUUGCUUCCUUCAUCGUCUUGAUCCUGCAUUGGAGCCACAUUCCUUAUCCUGCUGUCAAUGCAGGAUGGGGUUACCAAGGAAACACAUCCUUUUGGCUGCUGCCUUUUGUGCGCAUCAUUCACAGCGGCGCCGCCAUGGUAUCUGUCUUCUUCGUCAUAUCCGGCUUCGUUCUGUCCCAUCGCUACAUACAACGCAUGCACCGCCGCGAGUACAAUGAACUGUUUGCGUCGCUCACCUCCAUCACAUGGCGCCGAGCCAUUCGCCUCUUUCUCCCCGCCUUCGUCUCGAGUCUGAUGGCCUUUGUAUUUGCUUGCGUCGGCAUCAUUGUUGUCCCCCACAAGGUCAAUGGCGAGCCUUUUGAGCACAGCUUCUCGGCCUACCUCGACUUCCUCGACGCCGAAUCCAAUCCGUGGGACUGGACUGCCGAGUUCUUUGGCUUCUACAACCCUCAGUUAUGGUCCAUCGCGGUCGAGUUCCGCGGCUCCAUGAUUGUAUUCCUCAUGGUUUUGGCGCUGGCGAGAACUCGUACCGGCAUUCGCAUCGCGAUCGAGACGUUCCUUAUCAUUCACUCAUUUGGCCACAAGCGCUGGGACGUUGCUCUAUUCAUUACCGGUAUGACCCUGGCCGAGCUGCAGGUCAUCUUCCGAAAGCCCACUAGCGGCACGAGGAUGAGGGUCGUGAAUGGCAUAUUGAUCACGGCCCUCAUCAUGGGCUUGUUCCUUGCCGGCUAUCCCCGAGACGGCAACAUCAAGACGAUCGGGUACAUGUGGUCCAAGAACGUCUGGCCUUACUCUGCCUAUCGCCGCCGUUUCUGGAUCGCCAUUGGUUCGAUCCUGAUUGUUGGACCCAUGGCCUUUUUGCCCUCGGUGCAGGCCAUCUUCCUCACGCGACCAAUUCGAUACCUCGGACGGAUCAGUUUCGCUCUAUAUCUCACGCACGGUCUCGGAAACCGAACCGUCGGCAAGUGGCUUCUCAACGGAUGCUGGGACUAUAUUGGCAAGGAAGGUUUCUGGCCUUACACCAUCAGCUUCAUUGUUUCCACGAGUCUCUAUUUUCCAUUUAUUUUCUGGAUUUCUGAUAUGUUCUGGAGGGCCGUUGAUAUCCCCUCGACCGACCUGGCCAAGAGGCUUGAAAAGUGGUGCUCUUCGCCUGCCGAGCCUGAGAGGUGA